AUGGCGAAGCGACAGUGGAUCUUUGCAGACAGAUUUUUAAACAGAUCUGAUUUCCAUUCGUAUAUAAAUGAUCAAAAUAUAUCUAUUAAACGUACAGAACAAACAAACGGAGGUCAAAAAAUUACGUAUCGAUGCUCAGAGUGCCGAAAGUUUCCUCAAUGUGAUUUUCAAAUCCGUUGUUUAAUGAAAGAUGAGAAUGAGUAUAUUGCUUCAACAUCAAAUACACAUAAUCAUUCAAAUCGUAACGCAACAACACCUGAACUAGAAUGGUCCGAAAAAUCGGUUCUAAAUGGUUUUCGUACGUGUCCUUCUGUCAGUAUUAAACAAGAAAAAGUCGCAUGGAAAUGGAAGAAUGGUCUGGAUAAGAGUUCGAUUUUGUACUGGUACGGCCAUACCCAUGUUGUUCCAUCAUCAUAUUGUAAACAAUAUACAUCUAGUACUUGGCUACAUGCUUAUAACACAAUGCCUUGGACUCAAUUUGAUGAGUUCUCAUCAUGGUUGUAUGCUGGAAGAUUGGUCACCAUACCUAUGAUGUGUUCAUGCAAGACCAACUUGAAAACUUAUAUUUGCAAACAUGCAGUUGGAAUUAUGAUGCAUUUUGGUUUUUAUGUAGUAUCGGAUCCAGGAAAACUAGAGGAUUUAGGUAAACGACGCAGACGUCCAAAAAAGGCAACAUCAGCUUUAUGUCGCUAA